AUGGCCUCAGGGACUCCUGCACAGGACAUCCAAGAGGAAACGAAAUGUCCCAUCUGCCUGGAAUAUCUGAUGGAUCCAGUGACCAUAGACUGUGGGCACAACUUCUGCCGAGGCUGCAUCACUCGGUACUGUGAGAUGUGGACAGAGGGGGACUAUGACCCUUUGUGCUGCCCCAGCUGCAGAGCCCGAAUCCGGAAAGGGGCUCUCCGGAAUAACUAUCAACUAGCAAAUAUAGUGGAAAAAAUCAAACAACUGCAUUUCAAACCAGGGAAAGAGAAUCUGUGUGAGAUGCACGGCAAAGCCCUGGAUCUGUUCUGUGCAGAGGACGGGGAAACCGUGUGUGUGGUUUGUGAGAGAUCCCCCCAGCACAGAUCUCACACGGUGCUGCUCAUGGAGGACGCUGCCCAGAAAUACAAGGGAAAAAUCCAGGCCCAUUUGAAGACUCUGAGGGAAGAGAGAGAAAAGCUGCUGGGAUUUAAAGAGACUGGAGAGGAGAAAUGCCAGGAGUAUCUGAAUCAGAUAAAAAAGGAGAAGCAGAAAAUUGUGUCUGAAUUUCAGCAACUGCGGCAGUUCCUGGAGGAACAAGAGCGACUCCUGCUGGCCCAGCUGGAAAAGCUGGACAAGGAGAUUUUGAAGAUACAGAAUGAAAACGUCACCAAACUCUGGGAGGAGAUUUCCUAUCUCAAUGAGCUGAUCAGUGAGCUGGAGGGGAAGUAUCAGAAGCCAGCGGGUGAAUUCCUGCAGGACAUCGGAAGCACCUUGAGCAGGUGUGAGAAGGGCAAGUUCCAGCAACCAGAGGAGAUUUCUCCUGAACUGGAAAAAAGACUCAGUGAUUUCUCUCAGAAAACUGUUACUGUAAUGGAGACUCUGAGGAAGUUCAAAGACACUCUGCCAUCUACAGUGAAGAAAAAAACAGGGGAAACCCUAGAAUCUUUCAGACAUGCGUAUGUGACUCUGGAUCCAGACACGGCUCAUCCCAAACUCAUCCUGUCUGAGAAUUGGAAAAGUGUGAGAUGGGGAGACACGUGGCAGCAACUGCCCAAGAACCCUGAGAGAUUUGACUCUGAUCCCUGUGUGCUGGGCUGUGAGGGAUUCACCUUGGGGAGACAUUGCUGGGAGGUGGAGGUGGGGGCUGGGCGAUUCUGGGCUGUGGGAGUGGCCAGAGAGUCUGUAAGGAGGAAGGGAGGGAUCAGCCGUAGCCCUGAGGGGGGGAUCUGGGCUGUGGAGCGAUGGGGGGAUCAGUUCCGGGCUCUCACCUCCCCUGUGACCCCCCUGCCCCUGAGCCGGGUCCCCAGCAGGAUCCGGGUUUGUCUGGAGUGUGAUUGGGGGCAGGUGACAUUUAUCGAUGCUGGUGACGAGGCCCCGAUCUUCACUUUCCCACUGGGCUCGGUCCCUGGGGAGAGAAUCCGACCCUGGCUCUGGGUGUGGUGGGGAUCUUGGCUCAACCUGUGUUUCUGAGACAGGGCAGAGAAUAUCUCACUGGAGACUCUGAGAUCAACCUCUGUAGCCUCACACACCCUUGUCUCUAUGACCUCUCCCUGUGGACUUUCAGUCAUGCCGUCUCUAUGACCCUGAAGUUUGCUUCCGGUCUCAACUCGGUGCAGCCUCUGGACUGUCAAACCACAGAGAGCAUUGAGGGAGAGAGGCAGAGAAGCCAAUCUCAUCACUGCCCCAGGCAUUGUACAACCUGUUUGCCAUUUUCUUCU